GGCGGGGGGAGCCCGGCCUCGCUCCGGAGCCUCCCCGGAGCCUCCCCGGAGCCUCCCCGCCGCCCGGCUCGGCGCGCAGGUGGAGCGGUGCCGGCGCACGCACGGAACGGCCCGGCGCGGCGCAGCCCAGCCGCGAGAGCAGCCCCGAAGCCUGCCCGGCCCGGAUCGGCUCGGCUCAGCUCGACAGCAUCGCGGCGGGACUGCCCGGGGAUGCAGCCGCGCUAAGAACAAAAGCCCUCUCCGCGGUCACGCUCUGGGCUCUCAGAGCGCGCCGGGGAAGCGGCCCGGCCGGGUUGGGGUCUCUGCCCCCCGGCCCGCUGCGCUCUGCCCGGGCUGAGCUCCCGGGAGCCGGGCUCCCCCUCGGCCAGCCGUCCCGCCGGGCUGCCCGGGGACGGGGCCGCGCCCCCGGCCCCUGCCGCCUCCUCGCCGCGGGACCUUGGCUUUGCCCUUCGCACGGCAGGUGGCGGGGCCAGCGCAGAAGGAUGCGUUUCUUCCCGUGGGGAUUUUGGCUGCUGUGUGUCGCCUCCGCCCCGGCUCGCGGUGACAGCGGCAGCAAGGCGAGGAGCUGCGCCGAGGUCCGGCAGCUGUAUGGGGCCAAGGGCUUCAGCCUCAGCGGCGUGCCCCAGGCCGAGAUCUCCGGGGAGCACCUACGAAUCUGCCCACAAGGCUAUACCUGCUGCACCAGCGAGAUGGAGGAGAACUUUGCAAACAAAAGCCGAAGUGAAUUUGAAGCCAUGAUGAAAGAGGCCGGUCGCUCUGUGCAGACGAUCCUAACGGCACAGUACAGAAGCUUUGACAGUUAUUUCCAGGAUUUGUUGAACAAGUCAGAAAAAGCCCUUUAUGAUGCUUUCCCAAGCCUGUAUGGAGAAUUGUACACUCAAAACAUGAAGGUCUUCAAGGACUUGUACAGUGAACUACGCCGCUAUUACAGGGGCUCCAACAUCAACUUGGAAGAGGCCCUCAAUGAGUUCUGGACACGCUUGUUGGAGCGGCUCUUCAAGCUGAUGAACCCCCAGUACCAUAUCACGGAUGAGUAUCUAGACUGCAUGGUGAAACAUGCGGAGCAGCACAAACCCUUUGGGGAAGUUCCCAGGGACCUGAAGGUGAAGGCAACCCGAGCUUUCAUAGCAGCACGUUCCUACGCGCAAGGCUUUCUUGUGGGCAGCGACGUGGUCAAAAAGGUCUCUCAGGUAUCCCUCAGCCACGAGUGCACCCGCGCCAUCAUGAAGCUGAUGUACUGCCCCCACUGCCGCGGCAUGUCCAGCGUGAAGCCGUGCAACAACUACUGCCUGAACGUCGUGAAGGGCUGCCUGGCCAACCAGGCGGACCUGAACACCGAGUGGAAAUACCUGAUGGAUUCCCUGGUCGUAGUGGCUGAUCGGAUUGAUGGACCAUACAACGUAGACACGGUAAUAGGGACUAUUCACAUGAGGAUCUCUGAAGCUAUUUCUAACUUGCAAGAAAACAAAGAUUCAAUCACAGCCAAGGUUUUCCAAGGCUGUGGAAAUCCCAAAAUCAGCACAAAAGGCUCCAGCAGUGAGGAUAAGAAAAGGCGGGGGAAGGUCGCAUUAGAAGCAAAAUCCUCUGCAGUAGCACUGGAGAUGCUGGUUUUAGAUGCCAAAGGGAAUCUGACAGCUCUCAAGUCGUACUGGGUCACCCUGCCCAGCGUCCUGUGCAGCAAAAAAGUAAUGGCCAACUCAGCGGCGGAUGACAAGUGUUGGAAUGGGAUGACCAAGGGCAGUUACCUGCCUGAAGUGAUGGGGGAUGGCUUAGCUAAUCAGAUUAACAACCCGGAGGUGGAGGUGGACAUCACCAAGCCAGACAUGACCAUUCGCCAGCAAAUCAUGCAGUUAAAGAUUAUGACAAACCGUCUGGGGAACGCUAACAUCGGGAAUGACGUGGAUUUCCAAGACGCGAGUGAUGACAUGAGCGGCUCUGGCAGUGGUGACAGCUGUCCUGACGACGUCUGUGGCAAAAGACUUUCUAAGAGCCCCAGCACCAGGCAGCCAGAAACGCACGCUAUUCCUAAGCAGUCUGGACACGGCAUCAGUGGGGCCAGCAGCAGAUCUUUGCCUUCUGCCUUCCUCCUCUUCCUUUCAGUGGCUUUCAUCGCUGUGCAGCACUUGUCACGGUAACUCACUAGCACAGCCAGGAAAAAGACUGCGUCUGAGGGCUUCACUUUGCCAAAACCAACCAACCAACAAAAGGACAUAAUAAUUCACCUUGGCAAAAAAAAAAAAAAAAAAAAAAAGAAAAAAAAAAAAAGAGGGAGGAGAAAAAGGUUUCAGUUGUUUGCUAUUUCUGGCAGUGCUCGAGCUAUUUUCUUCUUUCUUGGUCUCUUCCCCAAAGCUGGGCCCUUCUUUCCAUACCUCAUUGUUUUAAUUUUGUUAUUGCCACAGACUGGCUUUUGGGGCUGAAACAAGCCUUUGCAGAGGAGGCUCUUGGGGAAACCCAGCCGGCCCCUCAGAGGCAGCUCUUUUGCUGCCCGCAGUGGAAUAUGCAAUUUCCCUGAUCUUGUUACCCAGCCGCUGGCCAGAGCACUGCUUAACAUACUGCUGCCUAAAGCACGCCAGGGGCUGAGAACAUCACCGCUUCGUAACGCGGAGAGUCUGAGGUCACAGCACUGCUCAAGUGCUGCAUUCAGGGACUGUUUCGGGGUUUCCUUCUGUACUUCUUCAACAGGCAGAGUUGAUCCUUCACUUCCAUCUGUGUACGCAGGAGUGUGAGCAGAUGCGAUGGGUUGAACUGAAACAGUUUGGCAGUGGCUGUUGGACCCAAAAAACGUAGAUCUCCCUUUUACUUUGGAAAGGUCACAAAUGGGUUUCUUGACUAGAGCUCGUAGCUGAUGACAUUUUUAAAUGCCUACAUCUAAGUAAGUGACUGGGAAUGAGUGUUAGGGGUUGGGGUUUGGGGUAUUUUUUCUUUGCAUGCUAGUCGGAAAGCCAUUUUUUUACCCAAGUAAUAAUGGUCCAAUUUCUACUUGCAGUGCAGUACCGUAGUAGGUAACAGAGAGAUGAAAUAAAUUCACAGUAGGAUCCUUUACUAGACAGACAGUUGUGCUGCCUCUUCCUCCUCUAGCCCCAGCCAUGGAUAUGAAUGCCCUUUUUUUUUUUUUGUGGUAGUAAAAAAGACCAGGGACUUUGUUCUAACUAGAGCACUGUGACUGGUUGUGAUAGCUCACGCCAGGCACGUGAGGGAGUAACCCCAAGCCUUAGGGCAGAGCAGAGCUGGUGGCAAUGAGCCCAUGGCGGUGUCUCUACCCAGAGGAAUGACUCAGAGGUAGCACCUACUGAGAAAAUGGGACACUUAGUUGGAGAUAUUUUUUCUUUUGGUGUUUGUUCUUGUUGCAUUGUCAGGUUUUAAGUGAAGUCCUGCUUUCCCUAUCCCUUCUCCACCCUCCCACACACUUGUCCUACCUGCUGCAGGGACUGUAUGAGAGGCCAGGUCAGAUGCCUGCCCGUGGCCCUGUUACAGCUCAGGGAAGCACCAGGUCACCCUGCUGCUGCCCCGUCCCAGCAGCCUCUGGGUCAUCCAGCACCAGGGUGCUCCAGGAGAGAUAUAAAUAUCCUCACGUGUCUGUAGGAUUGUCUCUGUUGUAGGGCUGUGUCCUUUGGGGUGUCCAGAAGGCUUGUUUAACUCACGGGUACAGCAGGCAUCUGCUGGAGAUGUCGUUUAGCAGAUGCCAUAGUUACAACACAAGCAACCGGGUCUGGAUGGGCUUCGUCCUUACGGGGUUGGUUUUGUUUCAGAUGUAUUUGUUCUGUGAGAGAGAGGGAGGGCAGAGGUGUAUCUAUCAUCUUCUGCAUUACUGGUCUAUCCUUCCAAAUACAGGAGUGGAUAACUAAAAGUCACAGAUUUAUACAGAUUUACUUCUGGAAAUGUAGCAAGUUCCACAUUACUUUUACUGGUCCAAAGAGUUCCUGUCUCUUUUUUUUCCCCCUUUUUUUUUUCUACCCAGUGUUAAAACCAGUCCUGCAGAAACUUUCAAUGCAAAAGCAAAAGGGGGAGGAGGGCAUUAAAACACUAUACUCUUCAAAAAACAGUUGGGUUGGAAUGUUAAAAAAUGGCUACUGAGGUCAACGUUUUGCUUUGCAUAACAGGAAAGUCCUUGCUGUUUCCAUUUCCAUGCAGUUAAAGUUUGUUGUCAGCCUCUUAUACUACAAAGCUUCGUACAGGCACUGAGAAGCACACCUUAAAUGUAAAGCAAAGAAUUUACUGAUUGUCCUGUUAAUAUUUUAACAAUGUAAUAGCCCAAAUCAUUGCUCCUCUUCCACUAAUAAAACCUGAUGGUCCAAAGUAACACAGAAAAGCCUAAAGAAUACAGUAAAAACCGUUAUGCAGAAGAAACCCUUCCUAAUGUCUUCCCCUGUUUGCUGGGGUUAUGCUUACACCUCCAGGACCGCAGGUCAAGUGCAUCAGUCUUCCUUGAACAGAACUGGGGUUACAGUGAGCACCUGCACCCCAAGCUCUGUGCCAGGAGGGUGAGAGGCAGUGCCGGGGGCUCUCGCCCCUUGUUGCCAGGAGGUGCAUGAUGUUGACAUUGACACUUCCUCGCUCCUUGCUCCCAGGUCUGCUCAUGUUAUUUCCUGUACCUGUUCACACAGUCUGCUUACGCUGCUGCUUUUUGUUGGUUCCCCAUUACUCACUUUCUCCGCUAUUUUCAUUGUCGCAGAGUGGUUUCCCCAGCCACUGCAAUGACCAGUGGGGCUGGUAGCCAGGGCACAGCCCCACCACUGCAGCCUGGAGCUGCGCUCAGCACCGGAGCCAGAAGGGCUGAGUCCGCCCAGAGCAUUGACUCGGUACGGCUCUGAACCCAGGCUGUGGCUACCUGACUGCUAGACAGCUGCUGGCACAGCUCAAGGGAAAAUCAGCCCAGUUCCAACAAGCCCCAAGACCUGCACUCGGGCAAGUGCAGAGCCUGUGGCCUUUUAAGUACGUACAAGCAAUGUUUCGUGGGCUCCUUCCCAUUCGAAAACAUUGUGACAAACGUCCCUAGCCCUGUGGGAAUCACUCACGGGCUCCAGCUUUGGAUUUGUUGUGUUACUGGGGAGCUCUGGGGAGCAGGGCUGGCUGGGGAAGAAACAUUUGCUUCAAUGUUAGCAAUGUGGUGACUCACAAUGGUUUGGUUUGAAAAGGCCUUCUGCUUCACAGGAGUGCAGAGGAGGUUGGUGGUCUAGAAAAGACUGCUAACAAAGGCUCCUGUCCAUGGAGAAGGAAAAACCAGAAAUAGUAGAUUUUCAAGUGUCUUUCAGCCUGCUCUUUUGUGCCAUAAUGUGUAUGUUUUAACUAAGGGUGAGGGUUUCAAAAGGCUUUGAGAGUGCAGCUACUUAUCAUUUACAAAUGACAAACUGCCUGUUGUUUUCUGGUGGGCUUGGUAGGGGCUAAAUUAUAGCAAAAUAUCUAAAGUCCACCUUUGCUUUAAACAGAUGCAUUUUUAUCUGCAGGAGUAAGAAUUAUUUCACUUAUUGGCAUAGCUGGACAGUAAUAUAUUUCUUUCUGUUACCAAGGUACUUGUAACUCUCUUGCACUGUUUAUCUAAAGUUAAAAUAUGUUCUUUGAAUCCUUGUAUAAAUAAAAAGGCUGGAGACUUAAAUCUGUA